AAACUGUUCCUUUUGUUUCUUCUUUCUGCAAAAAAAUAUUUUUACAUUUAUUAUUUCGUAUCAUGUCUAUUACCGUUGCCAAGAUCGAUACUAGAAGCGUCAAUAUGACAGUUGAAGUACGAAGCAACAGUCUUAAUUCCUCAGCCGAUUUUGAUAAAAUCUCAAAGGAUAUGGAAGAAAGAGAAUACGUUGAAAAUAAGAAUGGUAAUAUCGUUCCUUACAUAACUAAAGAAAACGCGUGUGAAAUUCACCAAAUUUUAAAUGAUCCGAAUGUAUUGGAUAUGUUUUUUGGCAGUGAAGAACCACCAUAUGUUAAACAAAACUUGUACAUUGUAGUGAACGAAAUGCCAGAAAUAAAGUUGCAAAGUUUGGGAAAAUUUAUGAUAAAAUAUAUUGAGUGGGGGACUUUUACGGAAAACUUACCUCUAAACGAUCCACCACAGGAAGCACUCUCCUCUAAAGAUAUAGAAAAAUUUAACAAUAUAUUAGAUACCGAACUUGGGGAUGACUUUCGUUCAAAACACCAUAACCUUAUUGCUAUUAGUUUAUAUUGGAAAAUUAGAAAUGAACUUUACGAGAAUGUACCUGCUAUCGUAUUUUAUGUAAUACGUAAGAAUAUUUUACCUCAUAAUAACUCUCUUUUUCCUGAAAAUAUUGGCGGUUUUAUUACAGAUGUAUGUGAAGGUUUUUAUAAACCAACCGUUGUUGAACGAGGGGAAAUCGAUUGUUGUGAAUAUAAGGAAAUGGUAUCACCUGGAUCUAGUAUUGGCGUAAAAAGUAGAGUAGGAACUUUAGGAUUUUUCGUUAAAGACUCCAACCAGCAAAUAUAUUUGAUGACAAACGAACAUGUUGUUUCAGGACACAAUUCUGAAUAUAUACACCAACCAUCUGACUUUGACUACAUUGGUCGUUCAUUGGAUGAUCUGGCAUCAUCAUUAGAAACAUUAGAGGGAUUGAUCUUUAAAGAUAAACAAAUAAACGAUUCUGAGAAAAAACUUACUAUUAUUGAAUCGUUCAAUCUGAAGAAUGUAAUGAACGAAGAGCAUGGUCACUCAGCCUUGACAGAAGAUAUGGAAGAAUUAAAAAGAUUAGAAUCAGUAAUCUCAGUCUUGAAAGAAGUUAUAGUUGAGGAAGAUGGAAAUAAUGUAAAACAUCAGGAUUUAUUGAGAAUGCAUGAAGCUUUCAACAAAUUAUUGAUGUUUAGAACAGAAAAUAAGUUAGAAAACGAAAAAAAAAAGGAGUUACAAGUAGAACUAGAAAAAUUAAAGGCAUUACAAAUAAUGCUUAAACUGCAUAGACUCGAAUGUGAAUUCAACAAAACAAAAAAGGAAUGGAAUGAAAUUUCAAACAUUGAUUAUGAAUUUUUCAAGAACAAAUUGUCUAAAAAACUUAAAUUUCUGGAUUCAAGAUAUCAGACAUGUAUAGAAAAUAAAAAAAAAUUCGAAUCUGCGCAACAAACAGAUACUAGAUUUGCUAUAAUUGAAAAAGGCGUACGUGGUAAUUAUGAAUUUGGUCAAUAUAAGUAUGGUGUUGAUGCCGCCAUUGCCCUCGUACUAACCGAUAAGCGAGAAUUAAACCCAAGUAAAUUUGCUAUUAGAAAUAGUUCGUUCAACAUUUAUAAUAUCCCUAACAUACGUCUUACUGGUUUAAAGAAGAAUAUUAAUGAUAUUGCAUCUAGACGUAUAUUUAAGGUUGGACGUACAACUGGAUUGACCGAAGGAGUGAUUAAAGAAGUUCCUGUCUCAGUUAAUACUGGAAACAUGAUGAGACGCCAAGUUGGAAUUUUCCAUGAUGUUUUAAUGGAGGGCGACAAAAACAAAGAUAUAUGGCUUGACAGACAAAUAUUGGUAAAGGCUAUAAAAGGCACAUUCAUAAAUUUCAUGAGUAAAGGAGAUUCAGGAUGUGCAUGGUUCGAUAUUGAUGGGAAUGUCAUAGCAUUAGGUCAUGGGUCAAUAAUAAUAAGAGGGGUGGAUUAUUGUGUGGGCUCACCAAUUAACGUGGUUCUUAAGGCUUUCCAUCCUUUGGAACUUUCAUUAGUAGUAUGAGUUUAUUAUUUUAUGAUAUUGACAUGUAUAAUCAUCACCUA